GCGUUUAUGGCAGUUCUAUAACUGUGUAAUUAUCGUGGAAGGCAAGGCAGCCCAAAAUUAAUCACACUGUAGUAAAUUUAUUUAUCUUUUUCGGUACGUGUCAAUGACUUUUAAUUUAUUUUAAAUUCUUAUUGUAGUUAAAUCAAAAUAUACAAAACAGUGUGUAAGUAAAUAUUUUUUGUUUGUUAUUAUCCAACCAAACUGUCAAGUGAUACUUCUCUGUCUAUUAAUUAUUUAAAUAUAUAACAAUUAUACAAAUGUACUAUACCGUAAGUUAUAAAUAAUAACAAUAACAACAACAACAAUAAUAAUAAUAAUAAUAAAUAAUUAAAUGACAUGUGAAAAAUGUUUUUCUAUACAAUUUUUGGUGGAUAUGUGCUUACAUCAAUUAUUCUCUUUAAAUAUCCUCGACUUUUACACAAAAAAAAAAACAUAAAAUUCAAUUGUCAGCACAUAAGUCAUCGAGGAGGUGCCGGAGAGAGUUAUGAAAAUACUUUGAGUGCAUUUAAAAGAGCAGUAGCAGUUGGUACACAAAUGUUAGAGUUAGAUUGUCAAUUAACAAAAGAUGGACAAGUUAUUGUAUCUCAUGACCAAAAUUUAUUAAGAACUACAGGUGUAGAUAAAAAUAUUUGUCAAGUAAAUUACAAAGACUUGCCUAUUCUUAAACCGGUAUUGCCAAUUGAUUUUGAUCCAGAAGUUGAAUUUGUUGGCUCUGGAAAGGAUGAAGAACGAAAAAUUCCUUUGCUUAAAGAUGUAUUUGAAGAAUUUCCAAAUUUUCCAAUAAAUAUUGAUAUAAAAAUAAAUGAUGAUCAAUUGAUAUACAAAGUUUCAGAGUUAGUUAAAUUUUAUAAACGUCAAGAGUACACUGUUUGGGGUAAUUUUAAUGAUGAAAUAACUCUUAAAUGUUAUAAAGUUAAUCCUAGUAUCAACUUGUUAUUUUCAAUGCGUCGUGUCAUUUUUCUUAUUUUAUUAAUGUAUACAGGCUUGUUACCUUUUGUACCACUUAAAGAGAGCCAUUUAGAAAUAUUUUUACCUUCUAUUUAUUCAAGACGAAGAAAUCCAGUAGGUUCAUUUUUACCGUAUGAAAAAAUAAUCUGCCGUAGUAUUGAUUUAUUGCUAAUGAGGCCUUGUUUAUUUAAUCAUCUUAGAGCUCGAGGAAUUCAAGUGUAUUUUUGGGUAUUAAAUACAGAAGAAGAAUUCCGGCAAGCUUUUGAACUUGGUGCUACUGGUGUCAUGACUGAUUAUCCAACAAAAUUGAAAAAAUUUUUAGAAAUAAAUAAAAUUAAAAUUGUUGAGUAAGUUUACUAAAUUAAUAUUUUUACCCACUUAAAUUAUUUAAAUAAUUGGUACAAAUUAUAUUAUAUCCAGUCGUAAAUAUUUAUAAAAUAAUUAUUUUUUUG